AUGAGCGAGCUGCGCCAGCCUGAGGCAGACCUUCAGGCCCCAGUCCAGGCCCAGGGCCCCGUGGAGGCGCAGGUGUUCGGGGCUGCGGGGGAGGAGGCCGCCUCCCCCUCCUCCUCCUCCUCCCCCGUCGCCCCCUCCUUCUCCGCCUAUGCCGAGUCCUUGCCCCAGGAGGCACUUACUGUGCUGAUGGCUGACCUGGUGGCGUUCCUGCUCCUCAAGUAUCGCACCAAGGAGCCGAUCUGCAAGGCAGAGAUGCUGAAUAUGGUCCUCCGUGACCAUCGGGACCACUUCCCCGUGGUCUUCAGCCAAGCUUGCGAGUGCAUGCAGCUAGUGUUUGGCGUGGACGUGAAGGAGGUGGACCCCCGCGAGUGCACCUACGUCCUGGUCCCCACCCUGGGCCUCACCUGUGAUGCAGUGCUGAGCGAUGGGCAGAGGCCCAAGGCCGGCCUCCUGGUGCUGAUUCUGGGCCAGAUCGCCCUGUACGGUGACCGCACCCCUGAGGAGGAUGUCUGGGAAUUGCUCAGCAUCAUGGAGGUGUAUGUAGGGGAGCAGCACUGCAUCUAUGGAGAGCCCAGGGAGCUCCUCACCGAAGUGUGGGUGCAGGAGGGCUACCUGGAGUACCGGCAGGUGCCCCACAGCGACCCCGCCCGCUACGAGUUCCUGUGGGGUCCCCGGGCCUACGCGGAGACCAGCAAGUGGCAGGUCCUGGAGCAUCUGCUCAGGGUCAAUGGAUGGGAUCUCAGGUCCUUCCUAUCCCUGUGUGCAGAGGGUGUGAGCGAUGAGGAAGAGGGGGCCUGAGCCAGAGCAGCAGCCAGGCUCCUUCCAGGCCCAAGUUCACUGGUAGGAAGUGAGGUUGGUCCUUCACUCUGAGUUUGAAGAGAGAGCGGUCGAGUUUCCAAGUAGCGAGGGCCCCUGCGAGUGGGGGGAACAUGGUGUGUAGCAUCUUUGGGUUCCUGUUGUGUAUGUUGACAUGGAAUAUCAUCUGUUUUCUUUAGGAAUUUUUCAAAUGUUAUUCGUUUUAAUGGAAGACUAAACAAGCUACAGUGUCUAACUUUGUGAAUGACUUUGAUUAGAAUGUGUUUAUAAUUACCCAGUUUAAGUACAAGAGUUUUGCUGUUUUGUAAAAGAGAUUGGGAAAUCUCCCAUUCCAUUUUGUGACCCUGAGGCAGAUAACAUGGAAUUGGAAUCAGAACUGCUCUGGAAGUGUGAAAGUACUUAGCAGUAAUAUAGAUGGGGGAAGAAUUAGAAAAAUAAAAGUAAUCGUAGUGAGUU